GUUCGAGUUCGACAAGUGGUUAAAAUACGCGUAGCGGCAGAUCGUCGUAUUUGGCUAAAAGAGAGAAGAAGAAACAGAAAAUAAAAACUUAGUUUAGUUAAUGUACAACAAGAAACAUCGUUGUUCUUGUUGUUGUUGUUGUUACUGCUGCCGUUUUCAGAUUCUUUGCAAAAAAAAAAAACAAACGCGAAAUAAAAUUGAAGCUAUACGGGAUACAGUGAGUGCGUCGUGCCUUGUGGGCCAAGAAGCAUCUAAACUUCGUUUAAGCUGUGAUUUUAUGGCCUUUUAAGUGUUAAUUAAAGUGGCAAAAAAUUAUAAAAAAUUGUUUUGUUUGUGAUACGCAUAAAUAAAUUGUGUCUUAUUAAAGAAGUAGACGAACAACAACAGCAGCAGCAAUAAAAAAGCGACCAAGUUAACUAAUCGCAAAAAACAGAUGGUGUAACAUCAUUAUCACCUGCAAGUGUCUCAGCUGCCCUGGUAUUGGUAUCCUCGUCCAAACGAAAAAAAAAGCCCAGUAACAUCGUACGACCAGCGCCAUAUAUAGCAGCAUCCAUAACGUCGCACAGACGGACAGCCAGUCAGACCUCAUCAUUUCGCCGUUGUCGUCUUCGACGUGAUAUCAACAACAGACAGCCAAGUCACCUGGCCGGCUUGUUAAUAGGGUAAUAAAAAGAGUUAAUGAGAUUUAGAUGAUGAUGGCGAUGAAAAGAUCCAAUGAAAACAAACAAAACAAUGACUUUGGGACAAUGUCCAUGUGGUUUGUUUAUCUAAUGCUAAUAAUAUUGAUGCACUCCAUGUGGAUUGAUGGCGUGGAGGCGCGACAGCAACACGAUGAUAAAAUAAAUGAGGCUGGACACCAUAGAAGACGUGGCGGUGUCGGUGGUGGUGGUGGUGGCGGAGGUAGUGUGAAGCGUAUAGACAGUGGUUCUGCGUAUGAGGUAUAUCCUCACAAGAAUCAUCAUCAUCGAAAUCGUGACAAUGUCAGUCACCGCAAUGCAUUUCCACCAAAUGCAAUGGGUGGUGAAGGUGCUGUUGGCGGCAAUGGCAGUGGCAACGGUCAUGGCAAUAAACGACGUGAUCGUCCCAAUGAUAAUCCCAAUGGUCAUCAACGGAAGCAUCGUCAUCGAAAACGCAAUCGUUCCAACAACUCCAAAGAGAAUCUCUCGCUGUGGAUCAACGAGGAACAGCUGAAAAUGUUAACGGCUCUAUUCUUUCCUCAAGGUUAUGUGCAAGGACGUGUCUAUGCCAUACACAACGGCCAUGUGAUGAACGAUAUCCGUGAUGGUCGUAUUUAUGAAUAUCUUAUUAUACCGCCCGAGGUGAAUCAUGUCAAUUUCACUUGGAAGUCGGGGCAGACGAAGUAUUUCUAUCAUUUUGAUCUGUUGGAGUCGAUGGAUGAGAGUAUUUUGAAAGCCCCAACCGUAUCGAUAAAGACCAAAGGUCGUAUACCCAAGGAGGAGAAGAAUUUCAGCGUUUUCCUGCCCUGCAGCGGCAACAACAGUGGCACAGCCAUGUUCAAUGUCGGCCUCACCAUCCAGAAUGGCAAUAAUGUAACGCUGCCCGGCACCCCGAUACGUUUGCACUUCAAAAAGGAGUGUGCACAUAGAGGUGUGUAUGACAACCCCGACACGACAAAUCCCACACAAAACACCUCUCUCCAAGGUCCUGAUCCCGAGUGUCAUUUGAAGUGUGGUGAACAUGGUUUCUGUAAUCAUCGCAAUAUCUGCCAGUGUCAUUCCGGUUAUAUCGGUCAGUAUUGUGAGAAGGCGUUCUGUUUUCCCCAGUGCAUGAACGGUGGUAAUUGUACAGCGCCAUCGGUAUGCACAUGUCCGGAUGGCUAUCAGGGCACACAAUGUGAAGGGGGUAUCUGUUCCCAAAAAUGCUUAAAUGGUGGCAAAUGCGUGCAAAAGGACAAAUGUGACUGUCGCCGAGGUUACUAUGGACUGCGUUGUGAAUUUUCAAAAUGUGAAAUAUCCUGCAUGCAUGGUGGUCGUUGCAUUGGCACGAAUUUAUGUCGCUGUGCCGAGGGCCUUAGCGGCAAUCAUUGUGAAAUUGGACGUCGCCAGAGAACAAAUUGCAAACGAAAGUGUAAACAUGGCGAAUGUAUGCCCAAUAAGACAUGUAAAUGUAAGGAAGGCUACUAUGGACGAUAUUGCAAUCAACGUGUAAAAAAACAUUGAACCCAUAUGAAGAUCACAGAUGUUCGGGUCAAAUAAAAAGAAGAAAACACCAAUCAAACUUAGUUUAGUUUCUUAAGGAGAUAAAUAUAUAUUUUAUAUUUUUUAAAUUUAAACAGCCACCGAAUUUAUGGAUUUGUGGACAUUGUGUUAUCAUUAAAAUCCAUUCUAUUUACUACGUCUAUGCGUUCUUGUGUAAUUUUUUCGAUAAAACCCUUUUAUAACAAAACUUGUGAUAAA